AUGGUGAGCCCUCAGGAAGUGGGAAGAGCAUCUGAAUGUAGUUGUGGUUGCUCUCGAGCUGGCUGUUGUUCCAUACCAGGAUUUGCUCUUGUGUACGACCGAAUGCGUCUUUGGCCUGGACAUCUGGAUCGUAGAAACGGACGAUGGUUGAAGCGGUGGAUUGUCUUGGAGGUGCCAAGCUGGAUAGCUUCAGGCCAACCUACACCGGAUAACUACACCCUGUUCCAGGGGUUCGAAUGGAACGUCCCUGCUGAUCAAAAGCACUGGAAGAGACUUGUUGCCGAGGUUCCUAAGCUGAAAGCAGUUGGUGUUGACAACAUCUGGCUACCUCCUGGCUGCAAAGCUGCCUCGCCAGAGGGCAACGGCUACGACAUCUACGACCUGUACGAUCUGGGCGAGUUCGACCAGAAGGGUCAGAGGAGCACGAAAUGGGGUUCAAAAGAAGACUUACUGGAGCUUUGCAAGGUUGCAAAAGAAAACGGGAUAGGUCUUUUCUGGGAUGCUGUCCUCAACCACAAGGCUGGAGCCGAUAAGACCGAGAAGUGCCGCGUCGUAGAGGUCGACAACAACGACCGAACAAAAGACGCGUCUGAACCCUACGAGAUCGAGGGAUGGCUCGGUUUUGAGUUCCCUGGCCGCGGCGACAAGUACUCUUCACAGAAAUAUCACUGGGAGCACUUCAGCGGCACAGACUAUAACCAAGCCAAUGAGAAGAAGGCCGUCUACAAGAUCCUCGGUGAUAACAAAGGCUGGAGCUCUUCAGUUGACUCAGAAGGCGGCAACGCCGACUACAUGAUGUUCGCUGAUAUCGACUAUUCGCACCCCGAAGUCCAAGCUGACGUGAAGAACUGGGGUGUGUGGAUCACAAAAGAACUUGGCCUCAAGGGUUUCCGCCUCGACGCCGUCCAGCACUUCUCCGAGCGCUUCACCAAUGAAUGGGUUGACAACCUCCGCGACGAGUGCGGACGCGACAUCUUUAUCGUUGGCGAGUUCUGGUCUGGCGACGCAAGGCUCAUGUGCGACUGGCUUGACAAUAUGGACCACAAGUUCUCGCUCUACGACUCCCCACUCCUCAACAACUUCUCCCAGCUCUCGAAGACCCCCGACGCAGAUCUGAGGAAAGUCUUCGACAAGACGCUCGUCUCGAUGAACCCCGUCAGCGCCGUCACAGUCGUAACAAACCAUGACACGCAACCUGGCCAGACCGUCGAGACGCCCGUUGAAGGCUUCUUCAAGCCCCUGGCCUACUCGCUUAUCCUGCUAAGGAAAGAAGGCUACCCCUGCCCCUUCUACGGCGACCUAUACGGGCUCAAGGGCGAACAUGCCGCCGACCCCUCCUGUGGCGGGAAACUCGCCGACCUGGUCCUCGCACGCAAGUUGUACGCGUACGGUUCCCAAGAAGACUACCUCGACGAUGCCAACUGCAUCGGCUUCGUUCGUCGAGGUACUUGGGACAAGAAAGCCGGUCUAGCUUGUGUCAUGAGCAACAAGGGGCCUGGCGAGAUCAAGAUGGCGGUUGGCGAGAUGCAUGCCGGAGAGAAGUGGACGGACAUUCUGGGCUGGGAACAGGGUGAGGUCGAGAUCGAUCAGGAUGGAUAUGGAUUGUUCAAGUGUCCUGGCACCAGCGUUGCAGUGUGGGUGAGGGCUGAUGCGGAGGGCAGGGACAGGUUCCCUACCAACUUCGAUGCUGAUAUCUACAGCAAGGCCUAG